AUGAUUGCUUUUUAUCACAACCCGAACCUUAGAGACCAUUCGGGUCUCUACAAAUAUGGCGUCCGCGUACAGCUGGUCACGGGUCACCCGUCGGGGACUAUGUGUCUAGCUAAUGUUGCCCUGUGGCCCAUAACUUUGUUUAAUUUUGCCAUCUUGGUUGCCGAGUUCCUCGGAGAGAGGGUUUUGAUGGGUGACCGACCGCCGCCGCCUUCACUCAAAGGUGCGAUGAGCGAUAGGUUUCUCCAACGGCAACACGCCCCCACCAUCACUCAAUGGUGCGAAGACAAUCAACACUUCCGGACAUUAUCUCAACGAUCGGAUCAAUUGAAUGACCGAAAGAUCUCUUCAGAUAUUAUUGAGAUAAUGUUUGGAACUAAUGUCCGACUGAAGAGAUCAUCAAAUAAUCAACAAUUGAAGCCAAUAAGUGAUGACACAAAUUAUAAGAGCGAAGACAUGAAUGAAGACACGACUGAAGACACCAAUGAUUUGAUUUUAAGACCAAAUGUCUCUGAAGUACUAAAAGAUAAUUGUGUGGAACCGAUGAAUGGAUUGAAUAUAGAAAAGCAUACGUUAGUCAACAAUACAUCAAAUCCAUUGAUAUCUCAUUCCUCACCACAAGAGAUGGUAAACGAAGAGAUCAUUGAUAUCAGUAAUGAAGACUCGAUGGAAGACUCAAUGCAACCAAAAUUGUUAACUGAAUUUUUGCCCCAAAGUGUCCGCCGAAGUGAUCGCCAAAGAGACAAAUCUAAUCCAUUGACAACCCAUGCGUUGAUUUGUCCGCCAAAUGCGGGCCAAAAGACAUUCAAUCUAAUGAUUUUGUCGCCACCGAUAACUCAAUCGCUGCCACAACUCAUUGUUACCCAACCCGUGAACACUAAGCGAUUGAUCCCAAGGAUUGCUAAGCCAAGGAUCCCAAGGAUUCACUCAAAUACCAAUCGAGUGAUUGCUAACAAAGCGGUGAUCGAAAGCACUCGCGAAGAGUUGAUUGAGAAAAUCAAAUCAAGUUAUUCCUUGGGAUGUGCUCUCGAUAUUAAUGAGAGAAAAAAGUUUUAUGAUUUGAAUACUAAGACAUAUAUUUGUCCCAUAAAUGAGUGCCACAAAAGUGGCCAAAAGGACGUGUGGUUUUGGAAGCACUUGAAGACAACGCACUCAAACAAACGGCAUGUCUGCGACUCUGAAGGCUGUGGUAAAGGCUUUAAGACAAACGAACAUUUAAAACAGCAUUCAUUUACACACAAAGCGAUUAAAUCAUUUAAAUGUCAUUAUAAUGGCUGUGAAUAUCGAGGCGUUAGUCGAAAACAUUUGACCGAACAUAUGAAGAAACACUCGACGGACAGAGUGUUUAAAUGUGAUAUCAGCGGAUGUGGGAAGACAUUUACGACAAGCACUGGUCUGUGGGCACACCGGCGGACACAUCAAACUGAACCGAUGUAUAAAUGCGGUAUCGAUGACUGUAGUGAUAUGUUUUACACUGCAUCUCAACGGACCAAACAUCAGGUUAUGGUUCAUAACCGGCGGCCGUAUAAUUACAAGAGAAAGAAACACCGGUGCCAAUGGCCCGGAUGUGAUUGGAUGGGGACCGACAUGAGUGUACAUCAGCGCAUACAUACGGGUGAUAAGCCGUUCGCCUGUGUUUGGCCCGAUUGUGGCAAACGGUUUACCGCUAAACAUAAACUUAGAGAACACAUGAAUAUUCACAAUAAUGUUAAGCCAUUUGCCUGUCAUUGGCCCGGAUGUCAGUACACGUCCGCCAGUAAUCCUAAUUGGUCUGGCCGUCACGUCACCCGCCAUAAGACCAUUCAUACGGGAGAGUUGCCGUUCGCUUGCGAUUGGCCGGAGUGUGGCAAACGGUUCCGCGUGAAAGACUUCUUGCAACAGCACAUGAAUGUCCACAACUGUGUGAAGCCCUAUGCGUGUCAUUGGCCCGGAUGUACAUACAGUGCCGCCAGUAAUCCCAAUCUCUUCAAUCAUGUCAAACGAUUUCAUACAAAAAAAUGCGGGGCCGACGGCUGUGCGGACAUGUUUUACAACGAACACCAGCGCUACAGACAUCAGGUGGACGUUCAUAACCGGACGCCACGCGUGCACAUCAAAAGGAAACAUCGCUGUCAAUGGCCGGGAUGUGAUUAUUACGGCCCUAAGGCUAUAGAACACCAGCGCGUGCACACCGGUGAGCGGCCGCACGGCUGCCAUUGGCCCGAUUGUGGCAAACGGUUUGUCACCAAAUAUCAACUCAAAGAGCACAUGAAUAUUCAUAAUAACGUUAAGCCAUUCGCCUGUCAAUGGCCCGGAUGUCAGUACAGCGCCGCCAAUUCGGCUAAUGUUUCUAAACAUUUCAUGAAUGCGUUGGAAUUUUUUGAAUAA